AAAGAGUCCCAGCAGAAACUGAAAACUCAUCUGAAGCAGAAGUUUGAGUGCAUAUUUGAAGGUUUACCAAAGCAGGGCCAACAAAUCUUCCUAAAUGAGAUCUAUACAGAGCUUUACAUCACAGAGGGUGGAAGUGGUGGGGUCAAUAAUGAACACGAGGUCAGACAGAUUGAGACAGAAUCCAAGGAACAAAUCACACAGGAGACUACAAUCAUCUGCAAUGACAUCUUUAAGCCUUUACCUGGACAAAAGAAACCCAUCAGAACUGUGCUUACAAAGGGCAUCGCUGGCAUUGGGAAAACUGUCUCUGUGCAGAAGUUCAUUCUGGACUGGGCAGAAGGAAAAGCCAAUCAGGAUGUUGAUUUCAUCUUCACUCUUCCUUUCCGAGAUCUGAAUUUGAAGAAGAAAGAAGCAUUCAGUCUAAUGCAACUUCUGCAGCACUACUUUCCACAGCUGAAAGAGAUCAAAAGUGUUGAUGGUGAUGAAGUCAAAGUUUUAUUUAUCUUUGAUGGUCUGGAUGAGUGUCGACUUCCUCUAAAUUUCCAAAGCAAUGAGGACUGCUGUGACGUAACAAAGUCAUCAUCAGUGGAUGUGCUGCUGACCAACCUCAUUAAGAGGAAUUUGCUUCCCUCUGCUCUCCUCUGGAUCACCUCCCGACCAGCAGCAGCCAAUCAGAUUCCUCCUGAGUGUGUCCACCAGGUGACAGAGGUACGAGGUUUCAAUGACCCACAGAAGGUGGAGUACUUCAGGAAGAGAAUCAAUGAUGAGAACCAGGCCAGCAGAAUUAUCUCACACAUAAAGUCAUCCAGGAGUCUCUACAUCAUGUGUCACAUACCAGUCUUCUGCUGGAUUUCUGCUGCUGUUCUGGAGACAAUGUUGAGUAAAGCAGAGAAUGGAGAUCUGCCCAAAACUCUGACUGAAAUGUACACACAAUUCCUGCUAAUUCAGACAAAUGUGAAGAAUCAGAAGUAUCAUAGGUACCAAUGUAAGAUAAGCUCAAAGAAGAUGUCAGCAUCAGAUACAUGAAAUCAUCCUGAAACUGGGGAGGCUGGCUUUUCUACAGCUGGAAAAGGGCAAUCUGAUAUUCUAUAAACAGGACCUGAGAGAGAGUGGCAUUGAUGUUAGUGA